GCUCGCUGGCUUUGAUUUCCUGUCUCUCUCUCUCUCUCUCUCUCUAAAAUUGCCAGAAAGCUAACCACACAAAACUAGAGAGAGAGUCUCUGAGUGCUACUCCACAUUUAUGGCUUCCAACUUCAAGCUGUUACACACUGAGAAUUUUCGUAUAUAAUAUCAUAUAAAGGAGCUUCGGUUUUUUCGUUUCGUAUUUUGCAACGCUUCGUCUUUUACCGCAUUUGUUCGUUUCGUUUCGUUAUUCUUGUUCGGUUUCCGAUCCCUAAUUCGCGGCUCUGCUUCGAUUUCACCGGGAGGUUGUGGUCGGAAUCAGCGGAAAUGGGGUUGAUUUCGGGGAUUCUGAUGGGGAUGGUGUUCGGAAUUGCGUUGAUGGCCGGCUGGCGUCACAUGAUGGCGUACCGGAGUACCAAGCGAGUCGCUAAGGCAGUUGAUAUAAAACUCCUUGGGUCACUAAACAGAGACGAUUUGAAGAAAAUUUGUGGGGACAACUUUCCUGAGUGGAUUUCUUUCCCUGUAUUUGAACAGGUGAAAUGGUUGAAUAAGCAGCUGAGCAAACUAUGGCCAUUUGUUGCAGAUGCAGCAGAGCUGGUGAUAAAAGAGUCUGUUGAACCACUAUUGGAAGAAUACAGACCUCCGGGAAUCUCAUCAUUGAAGUUUAGCAAACUGUCUCUUGGUACUGUGGCACCCAAAAUUGAAGGUAUUCGUGUUCAGAGUCUUAAGAAAGGUCAAAUCACGAUGGACAUUGAUUUUCGUUGGGGUGGUGAUCCAAACAUUGUAUUAGGUGUUGAAGCACUUGUUGCUUCAAUUCCCAUUCAGUUGAAGGAUCUUCAAGUUUUUACUGUUGUUCGCGUAAUAUUCCAACUUUCCGAAGAGAUCCCGUGUAUUUCUGCGGUUGUUGUUGCCCUACUUGCAGAGCCAAAGCCUAGAAUUGAUUAUACUCUGAAGGCUGUUGGUGGAAGCUUAACAGCCCUCCCUGGAGUAUCGGAUAUGAUUGAUGAUACAGUCGAGUCGAUUGUCACAGACAUGCUCCAGUGGCCGCAUAGGAUGGUUGUUCCAAUUGGUGGGUUGCAUGUUGAUACAAGUGACUUGGAGCUUAAACCUCAGGGAAAGAUCACCUUAACAGUUGUCAGAGCAAAUGAUUUAAAGAACAUGGAAAUGAUUGGAAAAUCAGACCCUUAUGUUGUUGUUUACAUUCGUCCACUUUUCAAGGUUAAGACCAAGGUUAUUGACAACAAUCUGAAUCCUGUUUGGGACCAAACAUUCGAGUUGAUUGCAGAAGACAAGGAGACACAAUCACUUGUUUUUGAGAUUUUCGAUGAGGACAUUGGGCAAGACAAGCGAUUGGGAGUAACAAAAUUACCUUUGAUCGAUCUGGAAGCAGAAAUUCCUAAAGAGAUGGAACUGAGAUUGCAGCCAUCUCUUAACAUGCUAAAAAUAAAAGAAAAGAAGGACAGAGGAACACUUACGAUUAGGAUCUUGUACCAUGAAUUCAACAAGGAAGAGCAGUUGGCUGCUUUAGAGGAAGAGAAGAGGAUCUUUGAAGAAAGAAAGAAACUGAAAGCUGAAGGAGUUAUAGGGAGCACAAUGGAUGCAAUUGGGUCUGGUGCUGGAAUGGUGGGUUCUGGUAUUGGUGCUGGAGUUGGGCUUGUGGGAACUGGUGUUGGUGCUGGAGUUGGGCUUGUGGGAAGUGGUGUCAGUUCUGGGGCUGGAAUGGUUGGUAGUGGCCUUGGAGCUGUUGGCAGUAGCCUGAGCAAAGCCGGGAAGUUCAUGGGUAGGACUAUCACUGGGCAAUCCAGCCAUUCAAGGAAAAAAAGUGGUUCUACAACUCCGGUGAAUAGUAUCCAAGAAAAUGGUGGUGCAAAGCCACGGUAAUGAGCCUGCAUCUUGCACUAUUUCUGCUAGAUUGUGUGAAUUGAUCUUAUGAAUUGUAGGCCUUGAUGAAUAGAUAUGCUUACUCUGCUUUCUUAUAUUUCGACAGUUUUCUUAAAUACUGUUCCUUUAUUCUGAUUUGGAAAAAUUGGCGUAGGUAUUGGUUUAUUGCUUACGGUUUCAUCUGUAUCAUCCUGUAUUCUUGUUUGUCUUCUACUCUUCAGGAAUGUGUAAUAAAAAUUCAAAUAUUGUACAAAUUUAUCAAUCGCCUUGAUGGUGUUUCUUCUAAAACACCAUUACUCGGACCAUUUCUUAAUAUUUAUUUAUUUAUUAAA